AUGAACUCGGUGCGGGAUAUCCAGCGGCGCAACGAGCAGGAGCUCGAGCUGGGGCUCGUCGGGUCGGGGUCAUGGCAUGAGCAGUACAAAGACUCGGCGUAUAUCUAUGUCGGAGGGCUGCCGUUUGACCUCACGGAAGGCGACGUGAUUACGAUCUUUUCCCAGUUUGGCGAGGUCAUGAAUAUCCACUUGCCCAAGCCGCGCGAGGAGGCGAAGGAGGAGCGGGGACGCGAUGGGCGUCCACAGAAGCAGCCGCGGCAUAGAGGAUUUGGGUUCCUGAUGUACGAGGACCAGCGCUCGACGAUCCUCGCGGUCGACAACCUGAACGGCGCACAGGUGCUGGGGCGCACGCUGCGCGUCGACCAUGUCGCCAACUUUAAGCACGAGCGUGUUCCGGACGCCGACGGCAACCUCGUCGAGCCGGACGAGCAGGCGUUCAACUGUGCGCCGCCCGAGACGGUCGUCGACGAAGAGCCAGAGGACGACAUCGACCUGUCCGACCCCAUGGCCGCGUACAUUGCCGACGAGAAAAAGAAACGCAGGCCGUCCGAGACAGACGAGGAGCGCCGCCGGAGAAAGGAGCGCCGCCGCGAGAAAGAGCGGGGCGAGCGGGGCGACGAGCGGCGCCGCAGCCACCGCCACGACAGCGAGCGCCACCGCAGCCACCGCCAUCACCACGACAGCGACCGGGGCGACAGCGAGCGGCGCCGCAGCCACCGCCACCGCCACGACAGCGAGCAGGGCGACAGCGAGCGGCGCCGCAGCCACCGCCACGACCGACGCGCACCCCCCGAUUCCCCCGAUCGCGAAAAGGAGCGGCGCCCGGAUCGCAGCGCGUCGCCCCACCGCCGCACCCCGGCGGCUAGAGAUACCCCCCGCGAAGCUACGCCACCAGGCGACGUCACACCCCCUUAUCCCGCAGGCGACGCGACCCCGCCGUAUCCCCGCGGCCUUCGCGCCGCAACGCCGUAG